AUGUUGAGCACUUGUAGACUGCCUGUCGAAGAAUCUCAGAUAUCCACAGCUCACGAAAAAGUCAACGAAAAAUCUCCUUUCAUAUUCAUAGGUGGUGUACCUCGAUCAGGGACAACACUGCUACGAGCGAUGCUUGGUGCACAUCCAGAUGUGCAUUGCGGUGAGGAAACCAAAGUUAUACCGGAACUUCUCAAUGGUGUGUCAGAUAUGAAAGCGAACGAAAAGGAAUGGACUCGUUUGCAGUAUGCGGGUGUCACCGAUGAGGUGAUCAGUAAGGCUGUCGCCUCGUUCAUCAUUGAGGUUAUAAGCAGUCAUGACGUUCCAGCUCCCCGUUUGUGUGAUAAGGACCCUUUCAUUAUGAGUGCUGCAACGUUGCUAACCAGGAUUUUCCCAAAUGCUCGACUUCUUUUCGUUAUUCGAGAUGGCAGAGCUACUGUGCACAGUAUGAUUUCCAGAAAGGUGAAAAUUCGCAGUUUCAAUAUAACUGACUACCGUGAAUGUCUGAAAAAAUGGAACGAGGUCAUAUCAAAAAUGGAUGACGAGUGUACCAAGAUCAGAAAUAAGUGUCUUCGGGUAAGUGCUACAGCUUUAUAA